AGAUUGCAAAGGAGGUUGAAAUUUAGGUGUUUACUUGAGAAUCUUAACCUGAAUAAUCUUUUGGCAUAUGAAUCCAACUUUUAGGGACUUUCAUAGCAUGGAGAUAUUAAAAGCAUGAAAAAGUACUUGAUUGUGACGAAUCUGACAAAAAUACUGGAAUCAAUUAUUAUGAUUAUUGUGAACAGGAGGAGGAAGAAGAAGAAGUAAUUAUUAUGAUUGAGAAACGAGGACUGCAGCAGUUGAGAAAUACUACAGGGGAUCAGGAGUGGCAAAAAGGUAUACACCGUGCAAAGAGAAGUAGAUUUGUUUACCUUCCAUCCGAGUCCAGACCUUCCGAGUUUGCUAUCUUCUGUCCAGAGCCUUUUCAGAUUCCAUCUUCAAAGUAUCAAACUGGAAAUUGCUCUAUUCAGACAAGUGGGGGUUGUUGUUCAAUUGAAGAUGUCUCUACUUCUUCAGAUGGAAUGAACCCAUGUUCAGAUAAGAAUGAUGAACAGAAGUUGAAGAAGGAAUCUAAUAAUCUGAGAGAUGUAACUCUGACAGUAGAAAGACAUUACCUAGAACAGAAAGUUCCUUUGGUUUCCUUAACUAGUGGAUUGAACUUAUCUGCAAUCAUAGGGCACCCAAUUGAAGUAGAUGCUUUAGAUGAUGAUGGGAGGAGAAUGUUUUGGCCAAUAUGGAAAACCUCUAGAAGAACUCGCGUCUGUUAUGUCCAACAAACUCAUCAUCGUCAUCAAAUCGCAAGGAACAAGCCAUUGAAGAAACCACAAAGUAUGUCCAUAGACAAAAUGAGACAAUAUUCAAUUGGCAUUGCAGAAGGCAAUAUUGAGAUAAAGAAAACGAAGAAUGAUGUCCCUGCGAGAGUGACUUGCAUCCCGGUGAAGGUAGCUUUCAGUAGAUUAUCGGUUGCGGUUGGUAGUUAGUUAGUUAGGUUUUUGUGUUAUAACUAACUAAAGAAGAAUAGGCUGAAGAGAAGUUCUCAUUAUAUAUAUAUUGUAGUUAUUAUUAUGUAUGUUCACUGGUUCAAUGUUAUAUAUCCUUUAAUUUCUUA